UUUUACAAAUUAUUUCAAGUGGAAUUGUUGGUCAAAAUAAAUUUUCUUCUGAAGAUGUCACUCCUGUUCACUCAGAAAAAAUAUAUAUUACUUUGUUCAUGGUUGUUCUGGAUUUGAUUUAUUCCUGGACAUGGUUUUAUAUUAUUUGCAAGUUUUGAUGGAUUUGCUAAAUACAGUUUGCAUAGAUGCACAUGGAAUAACAUGGGUGGAUGACAGCAAGGCAACAAAUGUUGAAUCAACCUUGACAGGAUUAAAGGGUUUAAAAGAACAUAAUGCUGUUGUUCUUCUUGGUGGUGUUGCAAAGGCUUUGAAUGAUCGAGAAUCCAAUGGUUUUGAACAACUAAUAGACGAUCUUAAACACCACAAAGGUGUUAUCACGUUUGGAUCAUCAGGUGCAAUGAUCCAGAAAACACUCUGUGAUGGUGGUCUAGAAGUUCCUUGUGUCAGAGCCAUGAAUCUUAAACAAGCUGUGGAUAUUGCCAAAAACAUGGCAACAUAUGGUUUGGCUUUUUUCUCUUUGAAGCAUACUUGUAGUCUUUAUCAGGAACCAAAGUUGUCUAGUUUUGGACAUUUUGCCUUUUUCCUUCCUAUUAAAAGAUUUAGGUGCAAGUAGGAGCUUCCGUCUUCCUAUUUUUUCUUGUUGCUGUUGGAACUAAGAAAUAUUUAUCUUUUAUAGCAAUUCUCCUUUGCAAUGCAAUUUUUCAUUGGUUUUACAAGCAAGUCCAAAUUUUUAUCUUCAGAGAAUUAGCUGUAGUCUGGAUAUUUCAGUUGCCACAUGCUCUUGGGGCUUUGGGUUUUAGAUAUAGAAACCCUAAAAAAACUGUAAAAAGAGUUUGAAUGUUGUGGACAACAUUCAUGUAGCAGACCCCAUAUAGUUGGGACCUUAUGAUUUGCUGUUGUAGACACACACAUCUAAUGAAAAAAGGGCACGGUUUGUAAAAGUGGAAUGAUCUAGCCUACUUUGUCCGUAACUAGUAUUAGUUUACUGACAGUCCUUUUGACUUGUCUUUCAGAGUAAAACAAACCUUGCUUAGCUUUCUAAAUAUUCUAUGAAAUCUUUCCUUCAUUGUGAUGCAUCAUUGUAUCCAUUGUUUUUUGCUGAAUGGUAACCAAUGCACAUAAAUCACUUUGCUGUAUUUAUUAUUAAGAUCACAUGACAGUAUACUUAUGAGAAAUUUUAACUUUUUCAGGGGCUGCAUGUUUGGUUAUAUGCUGUUUUAUAUUUUCUAUUCCAUCAAAGCUUCUAUGUUUGGUUAGAUUCUUAAGAGAAGCUGAUCAAAUAUUUGUGUUAUGUUUAGGUGAUACAAUUCUUUUGAGUCCAGGAUGUGCUAGUUUUGAUGACUUCAGAAACUUUGAACACCGAGGAGAAGUCUUCCAAGAAUUAGCAUUGUUGUCAUAGCUUAUUUAGUGCUUUACUGAAGCCUCUAGUUAAGAGGGGCUGUAGCCUGUCCUACUUGUUUGGAAUCAGUCACAUGCUUUCUUUGUUAUAUUCUAAGUAAUAACUCAGGACGUCAGAAUUUUUUCCCCUUCCGGCCUCUGUUUGAGUGGCCAGAAUGUACUGAAGCAUAAUAAUCUGUACUAAAACUUUAGUUCUAUUUUGAAAUUUAAUAUGCUUAUAUUCAUUGUUUUGUAACAUUAUCUUGUCGAGGAUUUUAGCUAGACCAUGGCUGAAACUUCAGAUGAUGUCAGCCUAAUAAAUUUCCAUAUUUUCUUGUUUUCUUCUGUUUGAAACCUGCAAGUCCCUGUGGCCUUGUAGCAUGCCAGAGAACUUGAAGCUACUAAAUUUGGUACAUGUUACUUUUUCUCUCUUUUUUGCCUGAUUUCAGGUGGUGAGAAAGCAAAUGAGUCUAAUCAGGUUUGUGGUGCUGCAUCAUCUUACAACUAGUUAUUUUCAAACCAAUUAAUGGAGAAAAAUCACUCUAGUCUCAUCUUGUAUCACCAUAUUUUUGCAGGGACCUUGCAGUGCAAGUGUAAUGAUCUCAGGUGCAAAUUUCUUGAAAUCAUGCCCGUGAGUCAAUCAUGUUUCUAGAGCUUCUAAUUACAAUCACAAUACAGGUAUUUGUUAUAUUAUUUCCGUCAAUCAUGAAAUUAUUUUUCAUUGUCAUGUGUACAAUACAAUAAUACUUACAAACGUAUACUUCAAACAAUAUAACUCAUUUUGUCAGUGAAGUUCUCUUUGAUUUCCUGCUCUUCUGAUGUAGUAUGAUGGCAGCACAGUAUCAGAUACAUUAAUAAUCAUAAUAUGAUAAUGGAAUCUUAUUGUUCAUCAUGUUUAAGAAUUGUCCAAAUGUUCUUAGAAAUUGGUUCCUCAUGAAUUUAUGGUAAAAUCUUGAAAUUUCUUCUCCCUUGAAGCAAUCGACUGUUAAAAAUGCAUGUGUCACAGUGAGGAAUAUACCAAUGUCAAUAUGCAUGUAUUUGUGUUCGAAUCCCUUGUUUGUAGGAUGUUGGAGGCCUUCCACAACAGUUGUAGGGGAUGGCUUGAGGAGGGGUGACAAUCUCCUCUCGGAUGAAGUGGAUCCCGAGUGGGUUCAGGUUAUGGACAAGGAGGGGUCGAAAGCUAGGAGAAAGCCUCCUAAGAAGGUCCCUUCAGUCCCGUUUUUCCUAUCAAUUGCUCGGAGUAAGAAGAAGAAGACCCUUCAUACCAGCGACAAUGUUGUUGAUGCAGCGAAUCUCUCGCGUCCAUCCUCUGAACUUGUUUAUUUUAUCCUAGAAUUGCAGUGGUGCAAUCGAGUGGGAGGGUCGCGUGUGACUUAGUGCCCUCACAAAAUCUUAGUCACACUGGAGAGUCAUCUGUUGAGGACCACAACCUUGCCCUUUUCCGAAAGCUAGGAUCUGCUUGAGAGGGUGACGUCAUCCCUGCCAAUGGAUGCUCUAGUGACAUUAUAGUGGGUAUGGAGAACUGCUUCGGUCAAGGCGACACCCGGUAAAUUUCCUCAAUGUCUUAAUAUCAUCCUGGAAACACCAGGUGUGCCUCCUUGCCUUUAUUUUUGUUUUUUUUCCAUGGUUUAUUCCAGUACUUCUUUGGUUGUCGUUGUGACCUUUAGAAUA